AUGUCGCUCCUGGGGACGCUUAACCCCAACCUUCCCGAGGCCGAGCAGUCAGUCUCGGUCUCGCGCGAGGUCCGCCGCCAUGACGCUACAGCCAGUGUCAGCACCGACGAAACCAUGAUGGAGGAGGAUGAAAAGGUCGAGGCCGCCAAUGAUGAGCGGAUCGACGAAGAGGUGACCCGCCUCGCUCGCAAGCUCACCCGCGAGUCAACUCACAUCUCGGAGGGUGAGAACACAUUCCUUGAGACCAAGGAGGACUCGACUCUCAACCCGGCCAGCCCUAACUUCCGCGCCCGCAAUUGGAUGAAGAACCUGCUGGCCCUCACCUCGCGGGACCCCGAACGCUACCCGACACGCCAGGCAGGUGUUUCUUUCCGCAACCUGAGUGUGCACGGUUUUGGUAGUCCCACGGACUACCAGAAGGAUGUGUUCAACUCGGUCUUUCAGAUUGGAGCUCUCGCCCGUAUGGCGACUGGUACUGGCAAGCAAAAGAUUCAGAUUCUCCGCGAUUUCGACGGUCUGGUCAAAAGUGGCGAGAUGCUCGUCGUGCUGGGUCGUCCUGGCAGCGGUUGCUCGACCUUCCUCAAGACUUUGGCUGGCGAGAUGAAUGGUAUCUACAAGGACAAGGAUUCUCAAAUGAACUAUCAGGGUAUAUCCGACAAGCAGAUGAAGAAUCAGUUCCGCGGUGAGGCCAUCUAUACCGCCGAAACUGACGUGCACUUCCCCCAGCUUUGCGUUGGUGACACCUUGAAGUUCGCUGCGCUUGCUCGUGCCCCUCGCAACCGUCUGCCGGGUGUCACCCGCGAUCAGUAUGCGGAGCACAUGCGUGAUGUUGUCAUGGCCAUGCUUGGUCUAUCCCACACCAUUAACACCAAGGUUGGUAACGAUUUCGUCCGUGGUGUUUCUGGUGGUGAGCGCAAGCGUGUCAGUAUCGCUGAGGCCACCCUCUGUGGUAGCCUGCUCCAGUGCUGGGAUAACAGUACUCGUGGUCUUGACAGUGCCAACGCCCUGGAGUUCUGUAAGACUCUGAAUUUGAUGACCAAGUACUCUGGCACUACCUGUGCGGUUGCCAUUUACCAAGCCUCUCAAAGCGCCUACGAUGUGUUUGACAAGGUCACCGUUUUGUACGAGGGCCGACAGAUCUACUUCGGUCGCACCAAUGAGGCAAAGGCUUUCUUUGUCAACAUGGGUUACGAGUGCCCCGAGCGCCAGACUGACGCCGAUUUCUUGACUUCGCUCACUAGUCCCCACGAACGCAUUGUGCGUCCUGGCUUUGAGAACGCAGUCCCCCGCACUCCCGAUGAGUUUGCUGCCGCCUGGAAGAACAGUAAGGAGUACCGCAGCUUGAUCAAGGAAAUCGAAGAGUACGACCAGAGCUAUCCUCUUGGUGGAGAAGCUCUGCAGAAGUUCAUUGCUGGUCGCAAGGCUAUGCAAGACAAGAACCAGCGUGUCAAGUCCCCUUACACUGUGUCUGUCAUGCAGCAGAUCAACCUUUGCAUGGUCCGAGGUUUCCAGCGUCUGAAGGGUGAUGCCAGUUUGACUCUGUCUCAACUCAUUGGUAACUUUAUCAUGGCCUUGAUCAUUGGCUCUGUCUUCUUCAACCUCCAGGACGUCACAUCUAGCUUCUACUCUCGUGGUGCUCUCCUUUUCUUCGCUGUUCUCCUUAAUGCUUUCUCUAGUGCCCUUGAAAUUUUGACUCUAUACGCGCAACGUCCCAUUGUUGAAAAACAAGCUCGUUAUGCUAUGUACCACCCUUUCGCGGAGGCCAUUGCUUCCAUGUUGUGUGACAUGCCAUACAAGGUUCUUAACGCCUUCACCUUCAACAUUACUCUUUACUUCAUGACAAACCUCCGCCGUGAGCCCGGUGCUUUCUUCUUUUUCCUCCUGUUCUCCUUCGUCACCACCUUGACCAUGUCUAUGAUCUUCCGUACCAUUGCUGCGGGCUCCCGAACCCUAUCUCAGGCCCUGGUGCCCGCCGCCAUCCUGAUUCUUGGUCUGGUUAUCUACACUGGUUUCACAAUUCCCACUCGCGAUAUGCUUGGGUGGUCUCGAUGGAUGAACUACCUUGAUCCUAUUGCCUACGGAUUCGAGUCCCUGAUGGUUAACGAGUUCCACGGCCGCACUUUCUUGUGCGAGGAAAGCUCUAUGGUCCCGCAAGGUGGUAAGUAUGACGCUAUGUCGCUGGCCAAUAAGAUUUGCUCCACUACCGGUGCCACCGCUGGAUCGAAGUACGUCCAAGGUACUGAAUACCUCGCCACAAGCUUCCAGUACUAUGACAGCCACAAGUGGAGAAACCUUGGUAUCAUGUUUGCUUUCAUGAUUUUCUUCCUCACUACUUAUCUCCUUGCCACUGAGUACAUUUCCGAGUCCAAGUCUAAGGGCGAGGUCUUGCUUUUCCGUCGUGGACAGGCCCCCAAGAACAUUGGAACUGAAGAUAUCGAAAGCACCGAAAUUGUUGGUCCGGCUGAGAAGACAAACGAGACUGGCAGUCAGGAAGUCAGUGCUGCUAUCCAGCGCCAGACAGCUAUUUUCCAAUGGCAGGACGUGUGCUACGACAUCAAGAUCAAGGGCGAAGAGCGUCGCAUUUUGGACCACGUUGAUGGUUGGGUAAAGCCCGGUACUUGUACAGCUCUGAUGGGUGUGUCUGGUGCUGGUAAGACCACACUGUUGGACGUCCUUGCUACUCGUGUCACUAUGGGUGUUGUCACCGGUGAAAUGUUGGUCGACGGUCGCCAGCGUGACCAGUCUUUCCAGAGGAAGACUGGCUAUGUUCAGCAGCAAGACUUGCAUUUGUACACUACUACCGUGCGCGAGGCUCUUCGGUUCAGUGCCAUUCUGCGUCAACCCGCCGAGGUCUCCCGACAGGAGAAGUUGGACUACGUUGAAGAGGUUAUCAAGCUCUUGGGAAUGGAGACCUAUGCCGAUGCCAUUGUCGGUGUUCCUGGUGAAGGUCUUAACGUCGAACAGCGCAAGCGUCUCACCAUCGGUGUCGAACUUGCUGCCAAACCUCAACUGCUUCUCUUCUUGGACGAACCCACCUCUGGUCUCGACAGUCAGACUUCUUGGUCUAUCCUUGAUCUCAUUGACACUCUGACCCAGCACGGUCAAGCUAUUCUUUGCACUAUCCACCAGCCCUCUGCCAUGCUCUUCCAACGCUUCGAUCGCUUGCUCUUCCUUGCUCGCGGUGGCAGAACUGUCUACUUUGGUGACAUUGGCGAGAAGUCCUCUACAUUGUCUAACUACUUCGAGAAGAACGGUGCCUCCCCGCUUCCUAGCGAUGCCAACCCUGCCGAAUGGAUGCUUGAAGUUAUUGGUGCCGCACCGGGAUCCCAUUCUGAUAUUGACUGGCCUGCUGUCUGGAAGGAGUCUCCCGAGCGCAAGGCUGUGCACGAUCAUCUGGCUGAACUGAAGAGCACCCUUUCGACGAAGGCCACUAACGAACCCACCAACGAUGUCGCUAGCUUUAAGGAAUUCGCCGCUCCCUUCAGUGUUCAACUUUACGAGUGUCUGGUGCGUGUGUUCAGUCAGUACUGGCGCACCCCGGUCUACAUUUACUCUAAAUGUGCCCUGUCAAUUCUCACCGCGCUCUACAUCGGUUUCUCCUUCUUCCAUGCCAAGAACAGUCUCCAGGGCCUCCAGAACCAGAUGUUCUCUAUCUUCAUGCUGAUGACCAUCUUCGGUAACCUGGUUCAACAAAUCAUGCCUCACUUCUGCACCCAGCGCUCCCUCUACGAAGUGCGCGAGCGGCCCUCAAAGACAUACUCUUGGCAGGCAUUCAUGGCUUCCAACAUUCUCGUCGAACUUCCCUGGAACACCCUCGCCGCUGUCCUCAUCUUUGUUUGCUGGUACUAUCCCAUUGGUCUCUACCGGAACGCCGAGCCCACAGAUGCCGUCCACGAGCGCGGAGCACUCAUGUUCCUUCUGAUUUGGACUUUCCUUCUUUUCACCUCUACUUUCGCACACAUGAUUAUCGCCGGUAUCGAGCUCGCUGAGACUGGUGGCAACCUCGCCAACCUGUUCUUCUCCCUCUGUCUCGUCUUCUGUGGUGUUCUUGCCACCCCAUCCCAAAUGCCAGGCUUCUGGAUCUUCAUGUACCGUGUCUCGCCUUUCACAUACCUCGUCUCUGCAAUGCUGUCCACCGGUGUCUCGGGCACCGACGUUGUCUGUGGAUCCGUGGAGUAUCUCAACUUCAACCCUCCCUCUGGUGAAACUUGUUACCAGUACAUGUCCGAUUACAUGACGUCUUACGGUGGAUACCUCCAGUUCCCCAACGCUACUUCCGACUGCUCCUUCUGCUCCAUGAAAUCGACUGAUACCUACCUUGCCCAAGUCGGCAGCUACUAUUCAGACGCGUGGCGCAACUUUGGCUUCAUGUGGAUUUAUAUCAUCUUCAACAUCUUCAUGGCCGUCUUCAUUUACUGGCUUGCCCGCGUGCCUAAGGGCAGCCGCAACAAGAGCUCUGCUUAA